UCUGUUAAGCUUUCUUAUCACUGCAAGCAUAUCUCAAUACCACCUUCCUUCCCUCUAAAUAAUGUAACUCUGUGCAAAAACAUUUUUAUUCCCACAACCUUGAUCCCCUUACUCUAAAAUCCUUAUUCCCUUUAACCCUAACAACUCUAACCACAACCCUAACCCUUCAUAUCAACCCCCCAACGCUAAUGACACUGACUAACGAUCCAAACCCCAAACUGCCCCUAACCCCAGACAACCAACAAAGAAACAGACACAAAGCUGAAAACUACAAAAAAGGCAAAACCCUGGAUACAGACCCCAAAUCAAAAACAUGCGACCAAAAUGCUACAGAAAAGCCCCAGACGCAGGCCCCAAGCACAUCCCAAAGCCAAAAUGCAGGCCCCAAACGCUACAGAAAAGACCCCAAACACCAGAUGCAGGCUGCAGAAGUCUACAAGCAGGCCCCAAACUGCCCCCAGACGCAGGCCCCAACCACACCUGGAUGCAGACCCCCAACUGUCCACAAGCAGCUCCCAACCCCGCCCCAAACUCAAGCCCUGAAACGCCCCCCUCCCCAGAUGCAGACACCAAGCCCCCCCAGAGGCAGGCCCCAAGGGUGUGCAAGCAGCUCCCAACCCCCCCCCCCCCCAGAGGCAGGCCCCAAAGCCCCACAGAGGGAAGCCCCUAGCAUCUACAAGCAACUCACAACCCCCCCCCAGACGCAGGCCCCAAAAGUGUACAAGCAGCUCCCAACUCCCCCAACGUGGGCACCUACAGUAGACAAGCACCUCUCACCUCCCCCCAGCUGCAGACCCCAAAGGUGUACAAGCAGCUACAAACCUUGCCCAAGGCAGAACCCUACAGUGUACAAGCAGCCCCCAACCCCCUCCAGAUGGAGAUCCCUACAUUGUACAAGCAGCUCCGAACCACCCCCCCAGAUGCAAGCCCCAAAAGGUGUACAAGCAGCUCCCAACCCCCCCAGAUGCAAGCCCCAAAGGUGUACAAGCAGCUCCACACCCCCCCCAGACACUGGCCCCAACCCUCCCCCCAAGACACAGGCCCCAGAAGCCUGCACGUAUGCCAAGAAAGUAUUAAUGCAGGUGCCAAAUGCUACAGACAGGCCCAAAAACACAGGCACAGUCCCCAGAUGCUCGAGGCUGAGACGUAACUUGGCUGUCUGAAUUACUGGAAAGCAGCUUUCAUUCUUAGUGAGGUGUGCGCAGGCUAGACAGGAUGGGGCUUCAGGCACCUCUUCACCGCUUGGAAGCCAUCACUGCACGUGCCGCUCCUUGAUGCUCUGUAACCUCUUCUCAAAUCCUCAGCCACUUCUGUGGAAAGCCUGCCAUUGCACCUGCAAAGCAAGAUGGAUACCCUUCGCAAUCACCUUGCGCUACUUGGCCAUCCUGCUCCAACCCCACUCACGACCAGCCUGCCCUUCUCGUGCUGCUCUUCAGGAGUGCAGCUUGGCCCCUCUGAGUCUGUGCAAGGCACCUGCGAAA